AUGCAAAGCGCCUUAGAGAGGCUCUCCUGGAGGAGCUUCUACAUUACUUAUUCAGGCUUCGGUUGCAACCUGGACAUGCACCAGAGAAGACUGGGUGAUCUGAUCUACUUGCACAUCCUGCCGGACAGUGCAAGCCAGGUGAAGUUGUUCAACUUCGUGGGUAUGGUGAACAAAGCAUUUUCGGAUGCUGGGGUCAAGGUGAAUCACCCCCGAAAGAGCCUCUUCCACAUGACCCUGCUGCGGGCGAACAGCAGCUACCCUGUCGAUGAUAUGGUGGAACAUCUGCACGACGUGGGGUCGACCACAAUCCAAGUCUGCUGUUUUGACUUCAAUGGGCAAGUUGUUUUUGCCGAGGACGGCUGUGAUGAUCCACAAGCCUGCAAUGCUGAAGCCGUUGUUGCUGUGUAG